AUGCGUCUUCUCGCACUUCUCCCCGUCCUACUUGGACUCAUAUCCAAUUUCGUUUCUGCAAUAGAUAAUGGCAAAACUACCGAUGUGACAUGGGAUAAUCACAGCCUCUCCGUUAAAGGAGAGAGAGUAUAUAUAUUUUCCGGUGAAUUUCAUUACCAGCGACUCCCUGUCCCGGAGCUAUGGCUCGAUGUGUUUCAGAAGCUACGCGCAAACGGAUUUAAUGCGAUUUCCAUCUACUUCUUCUGGAGUUUCCACUCCGCUUCCGAAGAUAGCUUCGACUUCGAGAACGGCGCCCAUGACGUCCAGCGCGUCUUUGAUUAUGCCAAGCAAGCAGGUCUGUAUGUGAUCGCGCGCGCGGGACCUUACUGCAAUGCCGAGACCUCUGCUGGCGGUUUCGCACUGUGGGCAUCCAAUGGUCAAAUGGGCAGCACACGCACCAGCGCAAGCUCCUACUAUGACCGAUGGAAUCCGUGGAUCCAGAAGAUCGGAAAGAUCAUCGCCUCAAACCAAAUCACAAAUGGUGGUCCGGUCAUUCUCAAUCAACACGAGAAUGAGUUGCAGGAGACAACGCACAGUCCCGAUAACACUGUUGUCAAGUACAUGGAACAAGUCAAAGCCGCCUUUGCUGAGGCUGGUAUCGUUGUCCCGAGCACGCAUAAUGAGAAGGGAAUGCGCUCUAUGAGCUGGUCAACGGACUACCAGGAUGUAGGUGGUGCGGUCAAUAUCUAUGGUCUGGACUCCUAUCCUGGUGGUUUGUCCUGCACUAACCCGAAUACGGGGUUCAAUCUCGUCCGCACUUAUUACCAGUGGUUCCAAAACUACUCCAGUUCUCAGCCCGAGUAUCUGCCGGAGUUUGAGGGUGGGUGGUUCUCCGCCUGGGGAGGGACUUUCUACGAUCAAUGUUCAACGGAGCUUUCGCCUGAAUUCCCUGAUGUUUAUUAUAAGAACAACAUCGGACAGAGAGUCACGCUGCAGAAUAUCUAUAUGGUGAUGGGCGCAACUUCUUGGGGACAGAGUCCUGCUCCGGUUGUAUACACUUCAUAUGACUACUCUGCGCCCAUGCGAGAGACCCGUGAAAUUCGGGACAAACUCAAACAGACCAAGUUGAUUGGCCUGUUUACUCGUGUCUCGUCUGGUCUUUUACACACGCAGAUGGAAGGGAAUGGAACGGGAUACACUAGCGAUGCUAGUAUCUAUACUUGGGCUUUGCGGAACACAGAAACACAUGACGGUUUCUAUGUUCUCGCGCACUCUACUAGCUCGUCUCGUGCUGUGACCACUACUUCGCUUAAUGUCAAUACCUCGGCUGGGGCCCUCACAAUCCCUAAUAUUGAACUGGCAGGUCGCCAGAGCAAAAUUAUAGUCACUGACUACCAAAUCGGCGACGGCUCGAGCUUGCUAUAUUCAUCUGCAGAGGUUUUGACCUACGCUACCCUCGAUGUAGAUGUCAUUGUUUUCUACCUGAAUAUCGGACAGAAAGGAGAGUUUGUCUUCAAAGAUGCACCGACCCAUGUGACUUUCCAGGCAUAUGGUAAUUCAAAAGUGAGCUCCGCCGCAUCAGAUCAUGGCACCAAAUACACCUACACUCAAGAGGAUGGCACGACAGUAUUGAAAUUCUCGCACGGCGUACUAGUCUAUCUUCUUGCUAAGGAGACUGCGUGGAACUUCUUUGCAGUGCCGACUACGUCCAAUCCACUUGUGACCCCCAGUGACCAGAUCAUUGCCCUUGGUCCAUAUCUCGUUCGCACCGCAACUGUCAGCGGGCACACUGUCAGUCUUGUCGGUGAUAACGCAAACGCAACAUCUCUUGAGGUCUACACGGGUAACUCAAAGGUCACCAAAAUCAAAUGGAAUGGCAAGGAGAUCUCCACCAAGAAGACACCCUACGGCAGCUUAAUCGGAUCAGUCCCAGGAGCCGAACAUGCCAAGAUAUCACUGCCAACCCUGAAAUCAUGGAAAGCACAAGAUACACUUCCAGAGAUAAAUCCAGACUAUGAUGAUUCUCGCUGGACCAUCUGCAACAAAACGAAAUCAGUCAACUCCGUAGCGCCACUGACACUUCCCGUGUUGUUCUCUGGUGACUACGGCUACCACGCCGGAACGAAAAUCUACCGUGGACGGUUUGACGGCACGACCGCGACGGGCGCAAAUCUCACAGUCCAGAACGGCAUAGCGGCUGGCUGGGCGGCCUGGCUAAACGGAGUCUACGUUGGCGGAGAUAUUGGCGAUCCCGCCUUAGCAACGACCUCAGCCGAGCUACCAUUCAACCGCACGACCCUCCGUAAGCAAGACAAUGUUCUAACCGUCGUCAUGGAUUACACGGGCCACGACCAAGAAAACGUGAAACCGCACGGGGCCCAAAACCCGCGCGGGAUACUGGGCGCUACGCUUCUUGGCGGGGAGUUCACGUCCUGGCGCAUUCAAGGCAAUGCCGGCGGCGAAGCCAAUAUCGACCCUGUCCGGGGACCCAUGAACGAAGGUGGUCUCUAUGGAGAGCGUCUUGGGUGGCAUCUCCCCGGAUACAAAGCGAAGAGUGCAACAUCGGAAAGUCCUUUGGACGGUGUAUCUGGCGCCGAAGGCCGAUUCUACACAACAACGUUCAAGCUGGAUCUGGACUCGGACCUAGAUGUUCCGAUUGGCCUGCAGCUUUCAUCGGAUUCCCCCGCAGUAGUGCAGAUCUUCAUGAAUGGGUAUCAAUUCGGUCAUUACCUGCCACACAUCGGACCGCAGACUAGGUUUCCCUUCCCGCCGGGGGUGAUCAAUAACCGCGGGAAGAAUACGUUGGCGAUUAGUUUGUGGGCACUAACGGAGCAAGGAGCGAAACUGAGUCAGGUGGAUCUGAUUGCAUAUGGGGCUUAUCGUACUGGUUUCAACUUCAAUCACGAUUGGUCCUACUUGCAGCCACAGUGGAAGAACAACCGGGAUCUCUUUGUUUUGAUCCGCGUGGAUCUAGACUCACCCGAUCGACCAUUCGACAACAUCAUCAAUUUCCGCGAUGUCGGCCGGUCGGUUAAUCAAUUUUGUCGCAAAGAAAUCUUGAAAGAAGGUGUAUUCUUUCGAAGUGCGAGGCUCGACGAUGCUUCAGAACGAGAUAAACGUCGUUUAGAAGAAGAACUACAAAUUCACACCGUCAUCGAUCUACGUUCCCAAACAGAACACCAAAUGGGCACACGAAAACGUCGAGCCCAAAACGCCAAAUCAAAAGAAAAAUCAGAACCAAUCCCAACAAACCCAGACGAACAUCUCCUCCAAAUCCCCGGCUCGAAAAGAGCCCUAAUAAGCCUAACAGGCAAAGGCUUCGAACGCGCCUUAUUAUCAAAAUUGGAUUGGUUGACAUAUCUCAAAAUAAUCGCCCUCGUAUCAACAGGCUACCGCAGCGACGCCGUGCGACUAGUAUGCGGGACUGUAAUGCAACCGCGCGGACUAACAGGUCUAGCGCAAGAUACAUUGGAUUCGAGCAUGAGCGAGAUGCGCUCCGUAUUCGAGAUCUUGGCGUGCGAGGAGUCAUAUCCGACAUUAGUGCAUUGCACGCAGGGCAAAGACCGGACGGGGCUGGUCAUAUUGCUUAUUUUACUUCUUGUUGGGGGUGUUCCUGUUGAGGCGAUUGUGGAUGAUUACAGUCGGUCUGAACUGGAGCUUGUGUCGGAGCUUGAGGAGAGAAUGGAGGAGAUUAGGGCUAUUGGGCUUGGGGAGGAUUAUACGCGUUGUCCGCCUGGGUUUGUGGCUGAUACGACUAAAUACCUGGAGACGAGGUAUGGGGGUGUUAGGGGGUAUUUGGAGCGGGUUGGGAUUGGGUUUGAUAUGCAGGAGAGGAUUAGGGGGAAGUUUUUGGUUUAG